GAAAAAGGAAAGUUAGCAAUGGGGGAAGGAACUUACAGCCGAUUCCAUCCCCUCUCCAAUGGCGGAAAACUCAGCAGCAAAAUGGGAAGGUCGAGUUUCAGAGACUUUACAAGGCGCUACCGCGGACCAGAUAUGGCCGAUGCUCAAGGAUUUCUUCAAUUUCCACAAAUGGUUUCCAACCCUAGCCAACUGCUACGGACUUUCAGGCACCAAUGGCGAGGUCGGCUGCGUUCGAUUCUGCUCCGGCUUCUCGAUUCCAUCCACCGACGGCUCCGAUAGCGUGGUUAGCUGGUCCAAAGAACGGCUGGUGACGGUGGACGACGAGCGCCGCCGCAUACGAUACGAGAUCGUGGAUAGCAACAUCGGAUUCAAAUCGUACGUGUCGACGAUCAAAGUCGUUGAGGGAGGAGACGGCGGCGUGAUUGAAUGGAGCUUUGUGGUUGAGGCGGUGGAAGGAUUGAAACUGGAAGAUCUGGUGAAGAAGUUCGAAAGGGGAUUGAAAUCCAUGGCCAAACGAAUGGAGGUUGCGGUACAACAAAAUUAACCAUGCUACCUACCAACUGAAUAAAUUACUUCCAAUUUUUACUUUCAA